GUGAAAAUGUGAAAAUUCACCAAUCACCACUAUCAUAAGGAACGGAUAGGGUAUCAAAGAGAAAACUGUAGUCCAUUUGAGAACUAUAGUUCGGGGUUAUAAUACUACAUUGGGUCCAUUCCUUGUAGUCAAAAUCAGAGGACUCUAAUGGACUAAAGCCCAAUUAAAAAUACCCUUAAACCCCCACAUAACCAGGGCAACAGAAGUCGCCCUCGUUGAAGAAAAAAAUCACCACCAUCCGCCGUCAGUCUGUUUCUCCCCGUUUAGAUUCUUCCCGGCGUUCAUGGCUUCAACAAAUGCUUCGGAGCAGAAGAGAAUCAACGUAAACACUGUGAGAAAAGCAGUUAGAGCUCUUCAAAAAUGGAGGAAACUGCACCCCAAAGUGGCCCAGAAACCCGCCUCCUUCAACGAAGAAGGAGAAGAAGAAGAAGAAGAAGAAGAAAACCAUGAAUCGUUCGAUAAGGGAAACGAUGAAAAUGAAGAUUUCAUCUACCUUCUCUUGACCCUAAAGAAAAUCCCUCCCAAAGAGCUUUCUAUCACUCCUCACAAAAUCCCUCUUCCUUACCCUCUUCACUCUCAUCAAGAGAAGAACAUCUGCCUGAUAAUCGACGAUCGUCCCACCAAAUCCCCGGGAAAAAUCACAGCAGAAGUUGCUCUGAAGAAAAUCAAAUCCGAAAACAUCCCAAUUACCAAAGUCCUCAAGCUCUCGAAGCUCAAAUCAGACUGUAAAUCCUUUGAAGGGAGGCGAAAUCUCUACAAUUCGUUCGGCAUUUUGUUAGCGGACGAGAAGAUUGUCCCUUUACUUCCCAAGAUCUUGGGGAAGCAAUUUUACAAGAAGAAGAGGAAAGUUCCUGUCCCAUUGGAUUUGAGGGGGAGAAGUAGCUGGAAAGAGCAGAUUGAAAAGGGUUGCGAUUCGUCGUUGUUUUGUCUUGGUAGCGGGACUUGUAGCAUUCUGAAAGUCGGGAUUUGUGGGUCGGAGAAUGGAAUGGGAAGUGAUGAGAUAGUUGAGAAUGUGGGUGCCGCCGUUAAGGAAAUUGCAGGGAUUGUUCCGAAGAAAUGGCGUGGGAUUCGUGCUCUGCACUUGAAGCUUUCGGAUUCUUUAGCACUGCCCAUUUAUGAUCCAUUAGCUGAAGUUAAAGCUGAUGUUGAAGACGAGGAGAAGAUGGAAGAAAAUAGCAAAUUGGUAGGAGGAGGAAUCAGGACGAAGAGAAAGCAGGAGCAAGAUGGAAAGCGAUAAAUGAGGUAAAAUUAAGCUGCUUGAUUUAGGGGUCGAUUUCUAAAUUUUGUUCUGGAAAUGUAAGUGUAACUAAUGUUUUUGGUUAGUUAGAUUUUCAAUGAAUAUGCUGAUUCAGGACAGGGUUUGUCUGGGAUUAAAAAUUGUCUGGAAACCACAAUGCAAUUCUCAAAUAGUGUUAAUAAGCUGGCAAGGAUUUCUAGAUUAGACCGAGACCUAUUACUAAAACUUCGAAAUCUGGAAAACAUCGUUCAUAACUUCAUAACAGAAAUGCUAAGAGCCAAAAGCUUUUCUAGCGUUCCAACAACCCUGAUGCCUAACAGGGGCUUCUGUUGUAUGAUGUCUUGAGUUUGAGCAUGUACAUGUACAAAUAACUGUUGGGACUUGGGAGACAUUUGUUCUUGAUGAAAGGAUACAUCCGAACUGAGAUAACAUUUCAUCAAUUGUAUCCAUUGUUAAUAUGGUCAUAUCCUAAUGUAACACCUCUAGCGCCUCUGAAAACGGUGAAAAUUCAAAGGGGAUGGAGGAAUUUCCAAAUGCUUCUUUUUUUUUUCUUUUUUUUUUUUUUUUCUGAAAAGGUCCAAAUGCUUC